ACGACGGAUAGUGUUCUGCCAAAGGUGGGGCAACGGUUAUGUCCCUAAUCGUAAUUGAGACCCCAAUUAUUUUUAUUAAAGGUACCCAACUAGAGUGAUUGUAUGCCGUGCUGUCUUACUAAUCAACUUUUUAAAAAUACAUUUUGAGCAUUUUAUGGCUUUAAGCCGAUCGAUCUCGCGAAAUAGGGUUUCAAAGUAACUAAUAACUCAUGAUCGGCUCAUUUUGGAACUUGUGUAGAGCUACGUGCCCCGCAAUGCCCGUCGAUAAGUUGCACUCCGAAUAUCGGAGUACUUACCGAUGGCAUGAAUAUACGGGGCCACGUCAGGAUGUAGUACGGAAAGCUCCCAUGCAGAAUGGUAUACCUCCUUCGGGAGGUACCACUGAAAUCGUAGAUAUUAAACCGCCGAAGGAGGACGAAUUUGUAACUGAUUCUGUUUCAAAGCAGGAGCCAGUAAUGCCCCGCAGGAAAAAGUAUCCCGACCUAGCUUAUCGUCAUCACGAAUUUCUUGUAAACGAUGGGGUGACUGAAAAUAAGGGAAUCGAUUCCAGAGCUAGGUCGGAAGAGAGGUUCGGGCCCAAUUGGAGGCCUUCAAGACGCAGCAAGUCGGAGGGACCGCGCAGGUCUGGAAAAGCUAAAGAACCUGAACUUGAAAUUGAUCCCGGGGAGCGCAGGAGAGAGUCUGACCCUGACUGCGAUAAUAUGGGUCGGGAAAAUGGCCUUCUGCGCAAAGCAAUAUCAAAAAUAAGUACUGAGUACCGGCGGCAAUUUGCCUGGCCUCCAGGUUAUUCUAGUAAGGAUGAAAUAGAUGGAGCUCCUAGAAAAUCUCAAUCUAUGGGAGCUUUGAAGGCUAAUGCUAAUGCUAUGGUUCAUAAGAAAAGGAUUGACGUGCACAAUAAAGAUGCAAGCGAAUUGGAACCAUUAGUAGACGAUCGUGCGAACCAAGAAAAGGCUAGAGAAGAACUAAACAGUGAGUAUAAAAAACAGUUUAGGCCUUUUACACAAUACCAAUAUAUAAGCGGACGGUUCUCCUCGAAAAAACGAACGUCCGCCAUACGUGAGACUGAAAAUGUACAUAAAGAUUUUUCUGAUGCAGACUUGAUGGAUAAUGAUGCGUCUUGGUACCGUGAAGUUGUUGAGCUUCGCAAAAAAGCCGGAGAAUAUAAGCAUAGAGGCUGGGGAUCAGAGCUUGCACCUGAACGGUUAUCGGACAUUUAUAAUAAACAAGUCGAGUUGUGGGAUCAAGUAUCCAGAAGAAGUUCCUUAUCGGCUUUGUCACUGGCUUCGCACAUGACGAAGUCUUACACCAAGGAAGACAAAGAAGAAGACAAUAAUAGAAAAAGUUCUCCCACGAAGGCGUAUAGGAAUGCCGAGAAUAACGCCCGUAUGAUUAGGGAUAUUAUUAGGCACCACUUGGAACGAACCACUGGUGGGUCUGAAUUUGAUGGUUUGAUUCUAUCGCCAACUAGAGAGAAAUUAGAGCCAACUAUUCCUAAAAAGGAUGAGGAUUCCCGAGGAUCUCAAAAAAAUAGCCCUAAGAAAAGCUCACCAUUAAAGACUUCAAGUAAACGCGGAAGCCAAAAAGGAAAAGAAGGUAAAAAUUAUUUAGUUCGCUCUCAGUCAGUUGGGCCUACAUCGGAGAAUAAAGAAAAGCAAUCACCCAAGAGACAAUCUAGGUCUACUGUCAAAGGAGGAAGAAAAUCUACAUCUAACACCCCUUCCAAUAAGAGACCACGCCCCUCAUCCCUGAACACAACUGCCUCAUCCCGCUCUAAAUCAAGUUCGGUAACUAAAAACGAAGAUGAUAGAUUGGCCAAAACAAAUAAAAAUAAAUCAUUAGGUAUGAUAGACUCAUCUAAGCAAAACCGAAAAGGAACACACGAAGCUUCUGAACAACCAAAGUCUGAACAAACGCCAACUGAAAUGAAAAAGAAUCAAGAAAACGAUCAACUAGACAGCCUUGAAUACGAACCAGUAAUUAAAUCGCCUCCAGAGCCAACAAGAGUUAAAUCUCCUGAGCAAAUAAUCAUGAGAUCUCCGGAUCCCGUGAACUGGACUGUGCCUCUGGACACUGGAAAGACGUUCACCGUUACCCAAAAUGUUCGUGACGGUGAUCCAGGUAGUCGCCCGCAGAGUGAGGUAAAGGCCUGGACACCCCCAGAAGUACCCCCACCGGUGGCCCAAUCAGCGCCCCCAACCUUAGCAGAAGGACAAGCCAGCUUGUCAUAAACUAGGGGCCCUAAAGACGAUUUAUGCUUAAUCCAUAUUCAAUUUGAUUAUGUUGCUUUAGGUAUGGAAUUAGCAGAGAAGCGUGAUCUUGGGCCAGGGCAGGGCCAUUACUGCACAGUAUAAGACUUCCAUCUCCAUAGAAUUGUAUACCCCAUCCGAUGCCAUAUAUAUAAAAUGUCGCAGAACCACCGCCAUCCAAACCUUUUUUGGGUUAAAUCAGUUGAAAAAUGAGCACCAAGAGUGAUAGUAUACUAAUACGUAAAAACUAAUAUUUAUAUAUACUGUGCCAUUUUCAACAGGGUAGUAGCCAAAAAAUCAGUGUGAAUUGGAAAACAUUUAGGAUCUUAGCUGAUAUUACAAUAUUUUAAGCAACGUUUUAAGCCUUUAUAAUAUUUGACAUUAACUGCUUAGAUAUACAUAAUAUGUUUCAUGCUGUCCAUAUAUUUAAUACCGAGUCCGUCAAAAAUUCACAGCAGGAAAUAAGUAUUUCACUCCGUAUAAGUUCAGCAGUCAAAUGGCAAAGCCUGAUAUUUCAAGUAUCAAGCAAAAUUUUGAGAAAAGCAGUUAUAAAAAUCAGAUUUAAAUUGCUUUUUAGAAAAGUUAAGAAUAAUCAUGAAAUUAUCACGGUCUGUCAUUUGACGAAAAAGUUAAUUAGCUAAAAAACCAUGUAAUCCAACGUCCCAUUUUUAUAAAAUUUUAAUAAUGUCUAAAUUGUGAUCUCUUAUCAGUGCACUCGUGUUUCUGCCGCAAGAGGUUAUACAAAUAUGGUAAAAUAAUAUUUAUAUAUUUUGUGUAGAUGCGUUUGCUUGCAUAUUUUUCCUGUUAAGUUAGUGUACAUCGAACGCACUUAUUUAUUGAUAUUAUAAAAACCGGUAAAAGAGGAUAUAUAAAGUUUCUGUUAAAAAAAGA